UUAAUUUUCAGGGAGAUGUUGCUCCAGAUUCAUAAAAGCAUUUAUCAAUUGUUUUCUUCCUUUUUCAUAUGUAUGUUGCUACUACUUCCAGACUCUGAUCAUAGGACAGAGAAUCUCCCCUGCUUCCACCAGAUUAACCCCAUGGUUUCCCAAGAUGGGAACCUGGUGAUUGGAAUCUUUUUAUCCUUGUUCUCAGUUGAAGUGAACAGAGUAACAGGAGCAGAACAAUUUGAAAGUGUUCCUAACAAAGCUUGUAAGACUUAUCAGUGGCUACACAAAAAUUAUCAGCAAGCACUUGCUGUGGUUUUUGCUAUAGAACAGAUAAACAGAGAUCCCAAUCUGUUACCGAACAUGUCCCUGGGAUUCCAUCUCUACAACACCUACCACAGUGAUGAGAGAACCUUGGAGAGCUCCCUAUUGUGGCUGUCUGGGCAUGGCCAGCUCAUCCCUAACUAUAGUUGCAGAGAUCAGGACAAUACUGUAGCUGUUAUUGGAGGAGUAACAUCAGCUCUUUCUGUCCAAAUGGCAACCCUGCUUGAUUUAUACAAGUUUCCACAAAUCACCUAUGGUCCAUUUGAUUCCAUCCUAAGUGACAAAGUCAAAUUUCCUUUCCUCUAUCAGAUGUCCCCCAAAGACUCCUCUCUGCAUCAAGGUGUUGUUCGCUUAAUAGUUUACUUUGAAUGGAACUGGAUAGCUCUGAUCAUAACUGAUGACAUGAGAGGUGAGGAAUUUCUCUGGAAAAUGAGAGAGGAAAUGGCAAAGAAUGGUGUUUGUAUGUCCUUUACAGAGAAGAUCCCUGUCAGUGAGAGAAAACUUAUGGAAUCACAUGAAAAUUUCAUGCCUAGGAUUAUGUCAUCAUCAACCAAGGUGAUUGUCAUCCAUGGUGACACAGAUUCAUUAAUGAUUCUGAGAUAUUCACAAGUCCCUUUUUUUGUAACACGAAAAGUGUGGAUUGCCACAUCACACUGGGAUAUUACCAUGAGACCUAUCUACCGUCAAGGUCAUAAUUUCCAUGGUGCUCUCACAUUUUCAUACCUUACAAGUGAAAUUCCUGGGUUCAAGACUUUUCUCAAAACAGUUACACCUUCUAAAUACCCAGAUGACAUUUUGCUUCGGGAAUUCUGGUUCUCAGCUUUUAGAUGCUCAGAUCAACCAGAAAACCCAGAGCAAGAGAUAUGUUCACCAAAUGCUUCCUUGGAGACUUUGCCUUUGUGCUGUUUUGAUAUGACCAUGUAUGGUUUGAGUUAUACCAUCUACAAUUCUGUUUAUGCUGUGGCUUGGGCUCUCCAGGAAAUGUUUAUGAGAAAUUCAGAGAAAAUAUCUAUAGGAGAUGAAGAAUAUUUAUUACUCCAUUCAUGGCAGCUGCACUCCUCCCUGAAAAAUACCCAGUUUAAUAACAGUGGUGGUGACCAGGUGUUUUUGGAUGAGAAUAGGCUUUCAGAAGCUCACUAUGCCAUUAUGAACUAUGUGUUCUUUCCUAAUGAGACUGAUGCUCUGGUGAAAGUAGGUCAUUUUGCUCCUAAGGCUCCGCUUGGUCAAGACUUCUCAAUUUGUAAGGAUGCCAUCGUGUGGGACUGGUGGAAUUCAAAGAUUCCAUGUGGAGUAUGCAGUAAUAGUUGUGGUCCUGGAUUCCUGAAGUCUCCUUUGGAAGGGGAAGCUCCUUGCUGCUUUGACUGUUCUCUAUGUCCAGAAGGAGAAAUUUCUAGUCAUAUUGAUGCUGAGUAUUGUACAAAAUGUCCAGAGACUGAAUAUCCAAAUAAACAGAGAGAUCGUUGCUUCCCCAAGGUUGUAACCUUCCUGAAUGUGAAAGAACCUUUGGGGAUGACUUUGGCCUUCAUGGCUGUCUCCUUCUCUUUACUGACAGCUCUGGUUCUGGGAGUCUUUAUGAAAUUCCAAGACACUCCCAUAGUCAAAGCGAAUAACAGGACUCUCAGCUAUACUCUCCUCAUCUCUCUUAUCUUGUGUUUCCUCUGCUCCCUGCUCUUCAUAGGCCACCCUACAACAACCACCUGUCUCCUCAGACAAACAGUAUUUGCAAUAGUUUUCACAGUGGCUAUUUCUUCCAUUUUGGCCAAAACCAUAAUAGUGGUUAUGGCUUUCAAGGGUAUAAAGCCAGGGAGCAGGAUUCGUAUGUUCAUACAGCCUAAAGUGUCCAACUAUGUUGUUCUCAUCUGCUCAGGGAUUCAAAUGACUUUCUGUGGCAUCUGGUUGGGAACCUACCCUCCCUUUCCAGAGGCAGACACACAGUCUCAAUCUGGCCACAUAAUAAUUAAGUGUAAUGAGGGCUCUGACAUUGCAUUUUAUUGUGUCUUGGGCUACAUGGGUUUCCUGGCCUUGGGAAGUUUUACUGUAGCUUUCCUGGCCAGGAACCUACCUGAUACCUUCAAUGAAGCCAAGUUCAUUACUUUCAGCAUGUUGGUGUUUUGUAGCGUCUGGGCCUCUUUUCUGCCCACAUAUCAGAGCACUAAAGGGAAGGCCAUGGUGGUUGUAGAGAUCUUCUCCAUCUUGGCCUCUAGUGCUGGGCUACUGGGCUGCAUUUUUAUUCCCAAAUGUUAUGUGAUCCUCCUGAUGCCAGACAGUAAUACACAGGAAAAAAUCAAGAAUAAACAAGAUUUCAGAGGCAAGACAUUUUCUGCAACACAGCCUUCUACUUCCAAUUUUGGGAAUAAUAGGCUUAAAGGACUAACCCAGAAGAAAGUCCUAGCCUCACCUAUUUCAGAUUGA